UCAUAUAGUAGUUCAACCUACAACUGUCAAAAUUUCAAAAUAAUAGAGCAUAAACCAAAAACUUUUUGCAUAUAACAUCUAAAACUCUGGAAAAUGCGCAGACCAGCUGUAAGGCCACGUAAACCUAGGAUUACAUGUUAUCCUAAGGGUUUACCUCUAUCUAGAAGAUUUUCAAGUUCGACAAGUUCCGACAGUGAGCCAGGUUGUUCCCAAAAAUAUUUAAAAAAUGCGCAAAUCAAUCGGAACUUAGCUGAAACUCUGGGUCCAAAUCCCAUUUGCUUUAGUGUCCACUAUCGAAGUCCUAGUCAAUUCGAAAAUGGUUACGAUGCGGAUACCGAUGAUCUUUGUGAUGAUGAAAUUGAUGAAGGGGAUGAUUCCACAAUCACGAAUCAGCAGAAUUGUAUCCCGUCAAGCUCAAGUCCAUUGAAUAAUUUUGCGCUGCCAGAUUCGAUUCCAUCCAAUAGAUUUGGUGGAUUUCUACAUGUCCUCUCUCGUAGUUUGUAUCACUCUUUGGCCAGGAUUGCCACUGGAAUUGGAUUGAAACAUCAGCAAACUGCCUGGUACAAGAACUGCUGGCAAAGUCCUGGUUCCAAGCCAAAAAGUGCCCAUCUAAUGGAUCCAUCCGCACCCAGUUUGAUUGGAAAGAUCCCGCCAAAACAUCAAAACAGCGACAGUUCCACAACUUCGAACUAAUAUCGUUUAGAUUUAGCCCCAAAUUGCUAUAGUCUGUAAAAUAUAGGUUAAAAUAUAUAACCAAAUAUUCGUA